AAACAGACCGUGUGGUCCGCGUCCGUCCUUUUGGUUUCGUGGAGUGAAACGUUGGAGUGUCCUUGUUCUUAUCUCACUCUUUUAUAUAUAAAUAACAACCAUCAUCCAUUCCCAAAAUAUUCUCAUUCUUAAAACAUCCUAAGGUAUUAGAGUUAUGGAUACUAACUGUGGGCCCCUGGUAAAGACACAAGCCAAGAUGCAGUAUGCUGAAAACGAGAUGUUAGGCCUCAGAAAAGGUCCAUGGACGCUUGACGAGGACACCAUUCUCCUCAAUUACAUCACCACCCAUGGUGAAGGUCACUGGAAUUCCCUCGCACGAUCUGCAGGUUUAAGGAGGAGUGGGAAGAGUUGCAGAUUAAGGUGGCUGAACUACUUGCGCCCCGAUGUGCGGCGUGGAAACAUCACACUCCAAGAACAAAUACUAAUUCUCGACCUUCACUCUCGGUGGGGCAACAGGUAUAAAAUUCAUCUAAGGUUUUUCUGUUAUGUGGUUGGGUGUAUAAUGUUUUAUCGUAGGUGGUCGAAGAUUGCACAGCACCUGCCAGGAAGAACGGACAAUGAAAUAAAGAACUAUUGGAGGACGAGAGUGAUAAAACAGGCGAAGCAACUCAGGUGCGAUGUCAACAGCAAAGAGUUCAGAGACACCUUGCGUUAUGUGUGGAUGCCGCGCUUACUGGAACGGAUUCAGCCCGCAUCGCAAAUUCUCCAGCCUCAGAUCAAACUGGACCCAGGCCCAACUCAAAUUCAGGGUUUUCACGGUUUAGAUUCGGUGACCCCCGCCGGUUCUUUCUCGGACUCAUCAUCCGUGGAGCUCCAUAGCGAUUGUUCGGGUUCGGGUCUGGAUCCGUGGGAAGAAGGGAAUGGUGGGGGUGAAUGGUUGGAAAGUUUGUGGAAUGAGCUCGAAAUAAAAUACAGUUCCCUUCCGUGACGCAUUGUGCAAGGCACAGACAGUUUCAAAAGUUGAGCAUGCGCUUCUUUGUAUUGUUGUGUACAAAUUAAUUAGAUAUUAAACUUAGCCACGUGCCUUAUAAAAGUUUACAGCAGUUGAAAUAUUGAUUUUUCUUUGAAGACUUUUGCUA